CAGAAGCGGAAGUGCGCCUCGGCUGAUCUCUCGCUGUCAUUCGGCCACGGUCGUUUCCAGGAGAGAGGGGCAUCCAAGAAACACACAGGGAUCGGAUGGCUCUGUAGAAAGGACAGCUAGCGAGAAAAAAUACGUAUGCCAAACGGACAAUGAAACCGAUUGAGCAAGGGCUGUAAGAUAAAGACAAGAUAAAAAACGCACACCUUCCACAUUAACAAAGCUGUUAGGUUAUAUAGUCCAGAUCAGAGGCAACAGAUAGAAAGCUGUGUCAUUGAGAGGCAGGACACGUCAGGAGAAGGGAGAAAAAAAGAGAAAAAACUGACCGAUUGCACUACGAGUCAGCUUUAAAAUCGCCUCUGAAAAAGCUCUCCCUGCCAUUGCUUCAAGGACACCGUGUGCUGUCAGUCCAAGGGAAGGAUCUCGACAGACAACGCCGAGGUCGAAGGUGGUGAUCAGAAGGACAGAAGAGAUCACUGGAUAGCGUUUGUUCUGGGGGGAGAAAACAAAUGGGGGAUUACGGGUUCGGAGUUCUAGUUCAAAACAACACUGGCAACAAGUCUGCUUUCCCGGUCCGAAUCCACCCGCAUCUGCAGCCCCCACACCACCACCAAAAUGUGUCCCAGAGCCCUGCUGCUUUCAUAAACAGCACCACAGCCACGGGGAAUGGCUCCACAGGAGGCUCUCCCUGGCUUUUCCCUGCCUCUGCCACCCACAACAGUGUGCAAGAUGAAAUCCUGGGGGGGGCGGAGAAGCCUAAAGCACAGCAGCAACAGGAAAUGCAAGAAACACAAGAGAAGCAGCAGCAGUUGUCUCCUGGGAGUCACCAGGAGGGUGGAAGUGGCGGUGGGAUAAUUUCAGAACUGGAAAAAGCCCGGGCAGAGGAAGCCAAGGCUGAGAACGGCACUUCUGAGAGCAGCAACGGAAAAGAGAAGCAGCUUCGUCUUGAGUCACCUGUUCUGGCAAGCUUUGAUUACCCUGAGACGUCUGGCCUUGGAGGAACUGGCCCUGUACAGUCCAGCACCACCUCAUCAUCACUUACUGGCUUUAACAACUGGUCAGCUGCCAUCCCGUCUGCACCAUCAACAAUCAUCAAUGAGGACGUCAGCUUUUUCAACCCGGCUUCUGCCAACAACGGGCCCCUGCUAUUCCAGAACUUCUCGCACCAUGUAAGUCCGGGAUUUGGUGGGAAUUUCUCCCCUCAGAUCGGACCUGCUGCCGCUUUGUCCCAGCACCACCCCGCUCCACCACCACAUCCCCACUUCCAACACCCUCACAGUCAACACCAGCAGCAUCGGCGUUCCCCAGCAUCACCCCACCCUCCGCCACCCUUCCCACACAGAAACCCGGCUUUCAGUCAGUUGCCACAUUUGUCCAACAACUUAAACAAGCCCCCAUCCCCCUGGGGUCCAGCCAGCUACCAGAGCCCCUCUCCCUCCCCGGGCUCGUCCACCUCAUGGAGUCCUGGAGGAGGCUACGGUAGCGGCAGUGGUGGUUGGGGCGGAUCUCAAGGCAGAGAUUAUCGCCGUGGGCUUAAUGGAGGCAUGACUCCUAUCAAUUCUAUUUCUCCUCUAAAGAAGACCUUUCCUAACAACCACAUGGCAUCACAGAAGUAUCCCCGAAACAGUCCUGCCAGCUUCAACCCCAAGUCCUGGAUGGAUGACGGUGUGGGCCGUGAUAGCAUCUUCCCUUUCCAGGAUCGCAACAGAUCCAUCGACAGCUUCAACAUGGGUCCUCUGGAGACCUCCCUGAUCGACAUCAUGAGGGCGGAGCAAGAUACCCUGAAAGGUCGUCUAGGGUUUCCCCACCCAGGGGCGGACAACCCUCUCCCCAUUAACGCCAGGAAUUAUAGCAGGAGACGAGGCCACUCUUCUCUCUUUCCCAUGGAGGAUAGUUUUCCCGACGACGAGCGUGGGGAUCCGAGUCUCGCCAGCCUGGGCUCCCCGCACUGCUUUCCCCAUCAGAACGGAGAGCGUGUGGAACGCUACUCACGCAAGGUCUUCGUUGGCGGACUUCCUCCAGAUAUAGACGAAGAUGAGAUUACGGCCAGUUUCCGCCGUUUUGGACACCUGUUUGUGGACUGGCCUCACAAAGCGGAGAGCAAAUCUUAUUUCCCCCCUAAAGGCUACGCCUUCCUGCUGUUCCAGGAUGAAAGCUCCGUGCAGGCUCUGAUCGAUGCCUGCAUCGAGGAGGACGGUAAACUCUAUCUCUGCGUUUCCAGCCCCACCAUUAAAGACAAGCCGGUCCAGAUUCGCCCAUGGAAUCUGAACGACAGCGAUUUUGUGAUGGAUGGGUCUCAGCCUCUGGACCCGAGGAAAACCAUCUUUGUGGGAGGAGUCCCUCGUCCGCUCCGUGCAGUGGAGCUGGCCAUGAUCAUGGAUCGCUUGUACGGUGGAGUUUGCUACGCCGGCAUCGACACGGACCCUGAGCUGAAGUACCCCAAGGGAGCGGGGCGGGUCGCUUUCUCUAAUCAGCAGAGCUACAUUGCUGCUAUCAGUGCUCGCUUUGUACAGCUGCAGCACGGCGAGAUCGAUAAACGGGUGGAAGUGAAGCCAUACGUGCUCGAUGACCAGCUGUGUGACGAGUGCCAGGGAACUCGCUGCGGCGGGAAGUUCGCCCCGUUCUUCUGCGCCAACGUCACCUGUCUGCAGUACUACUGCGAGUACUGCUGGGCGGCCAUCCACUCGCGUGCCGGCCGAGAGUUUCACAAGCCUCUGGUGAAGGAGGGCGGCGACCGUCCCCGUCACAUCUCCUUCCGCUGGAACUGAGCGCAGCGUCUGAGAGGGAGAGGCAACAGAGGGAGAGGUAGUGCAGGAGUCGCAAAUCAUUGUAAAAAAUAAAUGCACUUUUCUGUUGCUGGUUCCUUUUUUUGCUCUAAUUUCACCUUAACAUUGUUUUCUCUUUUUAUUUAAAGUUAAUAUAUAUCAAUAUUUUGAAGAUAGAAAUUUAGAGAGAAAAAAAAACUGGAGGUGUAUCCAAAAAUGUCCAUCUUGGAAGAAAAGAUGUGUAACAUAAUUUUAUUUUUCUUCUGAUUUUGGAAGUGUUUUUAGUUCUCAAGAAGCAUAUAUAUUUAAGAUAUAGGAAGGUUUGAUGUGUGAUAUGGUACUCUGCUUUUCAAUUGGCUUAUUUUUCUAAAAAGUCUAUUUUCCUUUGAUGCGAGAGGCCCUCGGAAGCUUUUCAUGUGACAUUCAGCUGUCAUAUACUGUAGCAGAGCUGUCACCUUUUGUCCUUUUGUACAGAAAAAUCUUCACAGUUAUUGGCUGUUUAUUUCUGAGAGGUGGGAUCAGGCCUGCCAAUGCGGCAGGAGGGCAGGGCAAGCCCGACUAAAAAGGUGUGGCUAAAGAAGAGUGCACUUAUUUCCAGUCUUUAAGAGCGAAGACACCGCACACGAGACCCUUUGUAGUUAACCAAAGCCGAAUCCUAAUUACUGCUGAAGAACAGGAAAAAGGGCCCGCUGCAGAAACGAGAUGGAUUCCUCCUCUCCCAAAACACACACACAUGUUCAUGCUACUUGAAAGGAAAAAAGAAACAAAUUCUCAAGAAAAUUCUUUUGCAAGAUUUGGGUUUAGAUCUCCGUUGUGACAUGCAAAAACUAAUACCUCAAACUCAGCUGCUAACGUGCCGAAUAGUGGGAGAAAACGAAAGAGCCCAUGACAUGACACUCUCCGGUGUUCUCCUUUCCUUAGAAGUCUAAUCAGAGGGAAGUGAUGCGACACACAGGAAGUGAUGUAACUGGCACAGUUUUGUACUCACUUGCUUCAUCACCUCUUUAUUUUUGUAAUCAAACCCAGGGUUGUGCUAGCGUCAGAGUGAAGCAUCAAACAGUAUAGUGUAUUACGGGAGUGUAUGGCUUAGAGAGGUUACGGGAGCGACAGGUAGAUAUAUUAAAUGCAGCCCACUUCCCUUUCCCUUAUGUCUGCUGGUGGCCGCUGAUGCUAGGCUAACAGCUAACAGAGGGCGGGGCCUCAUUCUUAGAUCACAACCUGCUCACAGCAGACAUCGGAUCCAGGUCUUUCAGCACAUGAAGUGAAGGUAACUCCUCAAGUGAAGGCGGGGCGACGCGUCGCCUGCGUUGCAGUUUUCUUAGCAGGGCCAGCACCUGAGAAGGACGCGCCUGUUAGUUUUAUUUCAGUGCAUUUUGUGCAAUUCUCCCAAGUCCUUAAUGACAAAGUGCUACUUUGCCUCUGCGAGCGAGCAACAUUUAACGAAAGAAGCGAUUAAAAAGACGUUGAUCUGCAUUGCGAAAUCGUCGGCACACAUUCAAGUCGUGGGGGAGUCUGACCCUUCCGGCGACCGCUCCAUCGUUUUCUCCGCUGCCAAGUCAGUCCAACUCAGCAUCCAGUGUUUUUAAAGCAUAAAUGAAGAUAGUCUCCGCAGCGCUCCACUACUGCACAGCCGUGACCCACACGCAGUCUGAAGGUUCGUUCAGCUUACGGGAACCAAAGAUGGUUGCGCAGUAGUCGGUCACGCCGCAACUCAUUUCUUGAUUUUUUUUAUAAAUAUUUUUCUUAUUUUUUUGAAGGAUGUUUGUCGUAAAUAUUUUCAUAAAUUUACCACUUCUAUCUGGUUUUAACCGUCAAGCCCUGGUGGACUCAACAAACCAAAGAUUGGCCUUGAACACGACACGUACAGUACGUUUAUGACGGAACACCCAUGGAAACCCCAACAGGGCUUGCAGGCCUCACGUUCUCUUAUCGCACAGAUGAAAACAUUUCUGUUUUAUUUUUCUCUCAAAAAGCUCCUGCAAGUUUGGGAAAUUGAACCUAAAGUGCACAUUCCCUCUGCAAAGGGAAAAAAAUCCUCCUCAUAUUUGUUUUAAUACUUCACUCAGCGGCGACCUUUUUCGCCGCGCAUUUAAACGUCAGGGAGUUUAGUACAGAAACUUGAUUAAAGAAACACACACACUAGUGAGAAUCCUCAUGUCGGCGCCGCGUCGUUGCACCAGUUUUGCGGGUGUGGUGGGUGAGCGUUUUAGAAGUUCAAACACUUUGUGAAGAAUUUGCUGUUAAACGAGAUGAAAAAAAAAAAAGAUUAUUUUAUACAUGGCCUGCUGAUUUUUUGGUACAGUGUUUUCUAGCUAAAUUAUUUUGUCAUGCACAUGUAAACCUUUAUUAUGCACUACUUUUUCUAAAUAUUUUUUUCUUCCUUUUUCCAACAGUCAUUUUAGGCACAUUUUUCACAAAUGGGGAAACUCCUUUUUGCAAUACCUCAAUUUUUCACAUUGUGAAAGGUAGCUUUUGUACUUUUGUUACUGAGAGAUCUGCAUAUAUGGAGAUGUUCAUUUUAAGAAAAAAAAACGGAAAAAAAGUAGAGUGCUUUCAAAAUUGAUUAUUAUAGUUAUUAUUAUUAUUUUCAAUUAUGCUUUUUAUACAUUUCCGUGCUGAGGAAUCUUUACAACUUUACAAAGUGCGCAGUUUGUGUUGAUGCGACUUCAGAUGUGCAGAGGAGAGACCAAAGCGUAAAAACGCUGCAUUGGUCUUAGCUUUUCAUACACUAGAUGUUUCCCGCAACAACAGCAUGGCGAAAAAAACAAAACACUUAAAACAGAUGAAAAAGAAAGAAUAAAAUAAAAACUGAUGUAAAUGUCUCUAAACCGGUUGGAAAUAGUAACUUCCGUCUUGGUUUCCUCUCCAUAGAUGGAGCAUAACUUAUUACGAGGAGAAUGCAAAAUCUGGUUCACGCUUAACGCUGAAUCUCGUAUCACAAAAAUGGAUGUUUGGUGUUUAGAUAUUUUAAUAUUUGAAAAAAGAAUUUAUAUAUAUAAUAUAAAUAUAUAUAUGAAUAUAUUCUUGAACUUGCCAACUAGCACCUAUUGUAAUCCUUAGCAUGCAUGACAAAAAAGAGAAAACGACAAGUACAUGAAUUAGCUAUUAAAACUAAUCGUUGUGGUGUGCACCAAUGUUUCUCAACUAUUACAUUAAGGACCCCCCACCCCCAUCAGAUCUACUCUGCAAAAAAAAAAUUGUUGAAUUUACUUAACAGCUAUGUCAACUGGUUCCACUAAACCUAUUUGGUUGAAUAUAAAGAGUAAUAUAUAUUUACUUUUAACAUACCAUUGUUUAUUACUCUUCAAAUUUUGUGGAACUUAACAUAACUUGUUAAGUAAAUUCAACAUUUUCUUUUUUUUUACAGUGUAAUCUCACCUCAGCUCCUUCCCUUCUACCCCUCCUCUCGUGUUAACCCCGCCCACCCCGUUCACAGACCUCUGCAGGAAGGCAGAGAUGAUUAAAACUUUAGCUGUGGCAGUGCAGGACUCGGAGCGAAACACUGUUUAAUAAAAGACUUGAGGAAAAGUCGUCCCCGCUGUCCGUCGAGGCGAUCGUACUCAGACCUAUCUGGAGGAAAAGGGGAGCUUAAAAGACUUGAAUGUGGUAAAAUGUUGCAAGUUAACUUCAAGUUGUUGUGUGCAAUACUUCUUUUGAACCUUUUUCCAGAUAAAAAAAGACUCUUUGCAAUGUAAUUCUUUAAUGCCAUUUUUAAUUGCAGACAUUGAAUUAAAGAAGAUGUUAAUAUGUUUUUCACAGUAAUUUUCUACUGUUAUUGUAAUCCUUUUCAUGCUGGUGUUUGUAAAAAAAGAAAAGAAAGAAAAGAAAGAAAUCAAACUAUUUGUACUAAUAUCAAUAACUGAAGUUAUUUUUAAAACAUUAUAAAAAGGUUUUGUGCUCAUUUGCUUACUUUGGUUCAUUUUAAGCUACUGUGAUUGAUUGCAUUGUAAUUAUUAGGUCAACAAUGUAUUUAGCUGUUUAUUGGUAUAUUUUUAAUUGGAAUGUAUAAUUGAUUUUUAUAAUUUUGAUCAGAUUUUUGUUAUAUUUUUGAGGUGAAGCUUUUAAUAUGUUAAAGUGUCUAGUUUUUACUAAUUGCUAUAUUGUGCUCCACAAUAUAUGGUUCACAUUUUCUGAAGGAAAAUAAAUAUUUAAAUAUUUGUCUGUUAAUGUUACUUAAUGGCAAGAUUUCAAUAGUUUUUAACUGUGUAUGGGAAGGUUGUUGUAUUUAUUAAUAGCAUUUUUUACUUAAGAUAUCACCUUAAUUUUUAUUGUCAUUUCACUUUAUAAGUUCCUAUUUUUGUAUUUUCCUUUCUUAAGUUAUGUACGGAUACGGAUAUGUUCAUAUUUCUUGGAGUUGGUCUGUAGAAGUGCUAGUGAAACAACAAAAAGAAAAAUCUAAUGUUAUUUAAUUGUUUGCAGCCAACUAUUUAUAACAGUAUGCAUACUUUUUAAAUAUUUGUAAUGUGAAAUGUUGAAUGAAAUAAAUCUUAACUGUGAUGAAAAGUGA